AUGGUUUUCAAAAGGUUUGACUUUCCUGACAUUCAACACAUCAUUGGCUUUGACAUGUUGGAAGAUAUUGACAACUACAGUAUGUUCACCAUCUUGGUGGUACAAGUCAGGCCUAAUGAGAACUCCAUGAUUGGAGAUGAGGAUGGCGAUGACGAUGGAUAUGACAUUUUUGGCCACCAUGGGGGAAGCACCAAUGAUCCAUUCUUCGGCUUUAUGGGACAGUUUGAGAACAUGUUUCACGAGAUGAAUGAGCUCUUCAGGAGAGAUUUCCCUGGACUACCACACUCAGAAUUUCCUUCUAUAACAGGUCUCUAUCUUUCCCACUUCAUCUCCAAUGUUAUGACAAAGCAGAAUGUACUUGAGGCAUGUGGGUCCUUCUGGGGAGGCCCAGGACUACAAGGUGAUCAAGGAUGGAACAGCAAGAGGAGUAUUCGUGACAGGAUGCUGAAGGAUGAACUAGAGGACCAAAUGAGAGGGACUGAAAGGGAAAAGGAAGAUAUGGCCUUGGAUGAGCCUUUAGCUGAAGUGGCCAUCAAUCAACUCUUUUCCAGUGGAUCCCAAGGAGACAGAAGACAAGAACAGGACUAUUACAGGCCUAGGAUUACUGUAACUGGUCCUAUCUCCUCCUCAUCGUAUUCUUACUCCUACUCAUCUCCUGGGUCUUCAGUCUCAGUCAGACGGGUUCAACUUCCAGAUGGUACAGUGGAAGAGGAGAAAGUCAUCCGAGAUAGUUCAGGGAAAGAAGAGAGGGAAUUCAAGCGCAUUCUUCCCAAUUGUGAUGGAAAAACUGAUGUGCCACUCACUGUGGAACCAGACUCAAGACCUUCCAGCUAUAGCCCAAGGGAAAGGACAGAGAUUGUGUCUAGUGGAGAGAAGGACUCUGCUUUCAUGUCACUCUUCCGCAAGUUCUUUGGAUCAGCUUAGAUCUAUCAAGUUUUACUUGGAUCAAGUUGGAAUCACUAAAAAAAUUAUUUUGUCUAGUAGUUCAUGUCAAUUAUGUUUCUGUGCAUACCAACAACAGUGCAUUGUAUUGUUCCUUUCUCACCAAAGAAUGAAAAAGCAUUAUACACAGGCAUCAAUA